CCGAGAAUGAGAGGCGAAGGGAGCGUUUGAGCGGCACCUCGACCUCGUCUCCACUGUCCUCACCUCGCUCUCGCCGCCCGUCUGCUCUCCGCCCAGCGUCUCCCGGUCCGACCGCUCUGGGUCCCCCACUCCAUCGCCCUCGCCUUCGCCCUCGCCCUCGCCCAGAAAACAACGGUGCUUAGAGCAGCAAGAGAACGAGACCACCGAGAGUGAGGAGAAACGCGAACACAGCUGUAAAAAGAAGAGGGCUAAACAGGGCAACCCCACUAUCUUUGACCAAAAGUGGCUGGGAGCUCCUUCCACCAUGGCCACCUCAGCAAGUUCCCAUUUGAACAAGGGCAUCAAGCAGAUGUAUAUGUCCCUGCCGCAGGGAGAGAAAGUUCAAGCCAUGUACAUCUGGAUUGAUGGAACUGGAGAAGGACUGCGUUGUAAGACCCGCACCCUGGACUGUGAGCCCAAGUGUGUAGAAGAGUUACCUGAGUGGAACUUUGAUGGUUCCAGCACUUACCAAUCUGAGGGCUCCAACAGCGACAUGUAUCUUGUUCCUGCUGCCAUGUUUCGGGACCCGUUCCGCAAGGAUCCCAACAAGCUGGUGUUGUGUGAAGUAUUCAAGUAUAACCGAAAGCCUGCAGAGACCAACUUAAGACACACCUGUAAACGGAUAAUGGACAUGGUGAGCAACCAGCACCCUUGGUUUGGAAUGGAGCAAGAAUAUACUCUCAUGGGCACAGAUGGGCACCCUUUUGGUUGGCCUUCCAACGGCUUCCCUGGGCCCCAAGGUCCAUAUUACUGUGGUGUGGGAGCAGACAGAGCCUAUGGUAGGGAUAUUGUGGAGGCUCAUUACCGGGCCUGCUUGUAUGCCGGAAUCAAGAUUACUGGAACAAAUGCGGAAGUCAUGCCUGCCCAGUGGGAAUUCCAAAUAGGCCCCUGUGAAGGCAUCCGCAUGGGAGAUCAUCUCUGGAUGGCUCGCUUCAUCUUGCAUCGUGUAUGUGAAGACUUUGGAGUGAUAGCAACCUUUGAUCCUAAACCCAUUCCUGGGAACUGGAAUGGUGCAGGCUGCCAUACCAACUUCAGCACCAAGGCUAUGCGGGAGGAGAAUGGUCUGAAGUUCAUUGAGGAGGCCAUCGAGAAACUGAGCAAACGGCAUCAGUACCACAUUCGUGCCUAUGACCCCAAGGGGGGCCUGGACAAUGCCCGGCGCUUAACGGGAUUCCAUGAAACCUCCAACAUCAACGAUUUCUCCGCUGGCGUAGCAAACCGUGGCGCCAGCAUCCGCAUUCCUCGGACUGUCGGCCAGGAGAAGAAGGGUUACUUUGAAGACCGUCGCCCUUCUGCCAAUUGCGACCCCUUCGCAGUGACGGAAGCCAUCAUCCGCACGUGUCUUCUCAACGAGACUGGGGAUGAGCCCUUCCAGUACAAGAACUAAGUGAACUUAGACUUCCAGCCAUCCAGCCCCUCCCAGUGCUUCGUCCCACACCACCACUUCCCCCUCUCCCAGUUGUCCUGAUUGUUCCCAUUGUAACUCAAAGGGUAGAAUAUUAAGGUCUUUUUUAUUCCU